CCUGCUGCAGGCGGCCCCUCCCCGGCAGCCGCCUCCGCGCAAAAUGGCGGCCGGAGCCGGGCCCGUUGGAAGCGGCGGGGGCUGCGGCAGCCUCUCCUCCAACGCCUCGGCGCCGUCGCCCCCUCAGGCCGGCAACGGGCCGCCCCCGCCACCCUCGCCGCUCCCCGCUUCGCCUGCGGCGGCGGCGCCGCCCUCGUGCUGCUCUAACAGCGGCGACGGGCCUCUACUGCUGCUCUCGCCGCCUCAGGCAGCGCUGCCGUCCCCGCCUCUCGCCGUUGCUUCGCCUCAGGCCUCCUCCUCCUCCGGGCCUACGCACAACCACGGAGCAGGAGGAAGAAGCAGCAACCCGCUGCCGGUGGCGGCCAGCGGGGCUCCAGCGGCGGCGGCUGCUUCGCCCUCGGGCCCAGCUUUCUCUUCGUCUUCGCCGCUGCUGCCCGGGCCACGGGAGCCGGCCUACAACUGGCAGGCGACGAAGCCGACGGUGCAGGAACGCUUCGCCUUCCUGUUCAACAACGAGGUGCUCAGCGACGUCCACUUCUUGGUGGGCAAAGGCCGCGCCGGCGCCCAGCGCAUCCCCGCCCACAGGUUUGUGCUGGCUGUGGGCAGCGCCGUCUUUGAUGCAAUGUUCAAUGGCGGGAUGGCUACAACCUCCACGGAGAUAGAAUUACCCGAUGUAGAGCCUGCUGCUUUCUUAGCUUUGCUGAAAUUUCUUUAUUCAGAUGAAGUUCAGAUUGGGCCAGAGACAGUGAUGACGACUCUUUACACUGCAAAAAAAUAUGCAGUCCCUGCCCUCGAGGCUCACUGUGUGGAGUUUCUGAAGAAAAAUCUCAGAGCAGACAAUGCUUUCAUGCUUUUAACCCAGGCAAGACUCUUCGAUGAGCCCCAGUUGGCCAGCCUUUGCCUGGAAAACAUAGAUAAAAAUACUUCAGAUGCUAUCAAUGCAGAAGGCUUCACGGAUAUUGACCUGGAUACCUUGGUCGCGGUUUUGGAGCGAGACAGCCUCGGCAUCCGGGAAGUGCGCCUCUUCAACGCAGUGGUCAGGUGGGCAGAGGCUGAGUGCCAGCGACAACAGUGGCAGCUGAUACCAGAGAACAAGCGGAAAGCUUUGGGCAAAGCUCUCUCCCUCAUUCGCUUCCCCUUGAUGACAAUCGAGGAAUUUGCUGCAGGACCAGCUCAGUCGGGGAUCCUCACUGACCGCGAGGUGGUUAGCCUGUUCCUUCAUUUCACGGUCAACCCCAAGCCACGGGUGGAGUUCAUCGACCGUCCUCGCUGCUGCCUGAGAGGGAAAGAGUGCAGCAUCAACCGUUUCCAGCAGGUGGAAAGCCGCUGGGGAUACAGCGGGACCAGUGACCGGAUCAGGUUCUCUGUCAACAAGCGGAUAUUUAUAGUUGGAUUUGGGUUGUAUGGCUCGAUCCACGGCCCCACAGAUUACCAAGUAAAUAUACAGAUAAUUCACACAGACAGUAACACCGUCCUGGGCCAAAACGACACUGGAUUUAGCUGCGAUGGAUCCUCCAAUACUUUCCGGGUGAUGUUUAAGGAGCCUGUGGAGAUCCUGCCCACUGUCAGCUACACAGCCUGUGCAACGCUGAAGGGACCCGACUCUCACUAUGGAACCAAAGGAUUGCGGAAGGUGGUCCACGAGUCACCAACCACAGGGACAAAGACCUGUUUUACUUUCUGUUACGCUGCCGGCAACAACAACGGCACCUCGGUGGAAGAUGGACAGAUCCCAGAGAUCAUCUUCUACACAUAGCAGGUGCUGCUGGAAAUUGGCUGUUGGACAGGCUUGGCGCUCCCCUCCCGCCCCCUCCCACCUGAGACCGCCAGCUUGUCCUGCCGCAGUGAUCGGAUGGGCUCCCGUCAGCAGACUCAGACUGGGCAAGCAUUCCCAGGUUGCACGUGCUCUACAUCCAGAUGCAUGUCGGCCUCGCUGGACUGAGGCUGGCAAUCUCUUCUGUUUGUGUUUGGCAACCUGGCUGGAUGAUUUCCUUGCAAUGAAUGUAGCUGCUUUUACAUCUA